GAGACUUUGCUUCAUCUCUGCACGGAAUGAUUUAUUGUGGAGGCCAAUCGCCUGCUGGCGGAAUGGGCCUCCACUAGAGGCCGCUAAAUAGGGUAUUUGGUCUACUCUUCCACGCUGGUCUACACGUGUUGGAGCAAGGGAGCGGUAGAGUCGCGGUCAACACGCCGCGCUACAAACCCGUGGACACAAGUUCGAUUCCCGCUCACGGCCAACACCAGUGACGAUCAUCUGAACCAGUCCAGGGCCUCCCCUACGUCGACUCUGCCUCAAAUGAGUACCUGUUGCUAUGGUGGGAUGGAGGACACCUUCUGGGUCCCCUGCCCAUGCGGUUCCAACAGCGAUGGCUCCAGCCGGCACUGUCGCCCCUGUGCUAUCAAUUGGAGAGUACAGCCAUGUCUUUAGCUGCAUGCAGUGAGGCAUGGGGCGUCUGCGAGAAUGCCGGCAAUUCACGGAGCAAGACCAGAGGUCGAGCCAUGCUGCCCACGUCUAGAGAGGUGGAGGUGAAUGUGAGUGUGCGCCACAUGUACCUGUACAGCCGCGAGGUGCGUGGGGUGGUGGCACGUCUCCGCGCCGAGUGUGGGUCACUGUCCGUGCACGCAGUUGCCUUGGCCCACACUCAAGGUGAUCUGAACAAGGCCUUGGGACACGUUCGUAAUGAGAAACAGGCAAAUGUGCAAGCUUCUAGCAUGCGAUCGCGACAACCUACACGUGAGGUGGGUCCAGAUGAAGUGGACCUGCUGCUUGGUGUUGAGCGGAAGCAGCUGGCAGAGUUGGAGAGUGUCCUAGCAGAAACGCUGCUGCGUGCUGAAGCCUUACAGCAAAACUUGGCCCUUUGCCGUAAGCGGUUGCUGGCGUGCAUCACUGAGAGGUCUUGUGUGCUAGACUUGAUCGGUCACGCAACACCCAGUCGUCUAAGUCAUACGACUCCUUCUGCCAAAUGGAGCCCAGAUCCUAUUGGCCCACUGUCCCCAGAGUGCACCCGCGUGCUGGAAGAAGCUGCACAAGGUCAGAAGGAGGUGAUGGCAAUCCGCUCUGAGAUUAGUCACGUGAUCAAGAAGGUGGCUCACCUGCAGAGCAGAGCACGCCAGCGUGUGACACAAGGUUUGGGCCAGAAGCUAGUGGAGACCAACUGCCUCGCGCGAGCGCUGCAAGCGAGCGCAGGCCACACACGCAUGGCAAUCCACCAAGCACAGAGGUGGCAUGCGGCGAUCUCAACAGCACAGGGGUACAUAGACCACGCGGCCGUCUGGGAGUGCCUCUAA